AUGAAAAUUCCAAUGACGGCGAUGGAGGAGCGGCCCCGACGAAGGACGGAGGGCGAAGGCCACCUCAACAUGAACGUCUAUGCGACCAAGAAGACGAUCGCGAAGGGGAUGAUGGAUGUCGCCCUCCUGUCCGCCAACGCCAACCAACUCAAGUAUGUCCUGAGGGGAGGGCCUGAGGCUCGUCACUACCUCGUCAAUGUCGCCCUCAUUUCCACCAGCAUUACGCUGCAG